UUUUGUAGGAUUGUGACGUUUCUUUCUUGAAAAUAUUUUUCUUUUAAAUAAAAAAAAGUUAUAUUUAGAGACACAUGUUUGUUCAGAAAUAGGGUUGUGACUACAUAGCUCAAAAGUAACUCACUUUGGGUUGAGAAACAUUUUAGUUGGGCAUGUUUUGUGGACCACUUCAUUUGUCAUAUAGAAACCAGUUGUCCUCGAGGGCGACUAGAAUAUCGUAUAUGAAACGAAAUGGCUUGUGUCACAAACUUACUGACAUAAUGUGUUGUUUGUCUUCGUCUCGUAUUCAAGAAGGAGACUUGGUUGUAGUGGCUCUCCCCUUUGGAAAAUACCGAGUGGCAAAAGUCACAGGGUUUGAUUAUUCGGGAAGAACAGCGGAUGUGAUUUAUCUCGAAGAGAAAAAAGCUGCCUGCUUUUAUUUACAAGAUGAAACCAAGUCAUUUGAAGCUGUGGCCAAUAUGACGCCCAUAAAAGCACGUUACAACGCUACUCAACUUUGUUAUGAAAUACCACACUCUGAAAUCCAAAAAGUUUUGAGUUCUAGAGGCCCUGUUCCCAAGGCGGUGGUUCGAAAUCCCCCACCUGCUCUUUUUCGAGUCGGCAAACCUACCAGGCAACAAGCUCUAUAUGGUGCAGGUAUAUCUAUAGGUAUGAGUUUGCUUUUCAACUUAUUAUUUACUCAGAUACAGUCCAAUGAGUAUAUACAAAGCCAAUGGUUUGCUCAAGUAUUAUUACUUUGUAUACAAUGGAUGACUUUUAUUUCGUUACUGGUGGGAUUCGGGCUGUUGUUGGGAGUUUUUGUGGGUAAAUUGGAAUAAAGUUUGCAACUGAAUACAUCAUAUGAAAAGAGAAUCUCUCCCUGGAAUAGUUUAUAAAAGAGUUUUUUUCUAUUGUAUUACUGAAUAGGCAUUCCUCAUAUUUCUAGGAUGUCUCAUUCAUUUUUAAUGG